AUGCUGCUUGAGCCCACUCGACAUGAGUCCGCCGCUGGGGGCGCUGUCACAGGGGCCUGUGUGAGUGGAGGCUGGGAGGAAAAGCUUGUCUGUCUCGCUCUUUGUUUCUGCUUGGGAGGAAAAUCUAGAGACACUGCGACCGGCGAGUUUUCUAACAUCACAUUCGGGCAACUGUUGGACCUUGCUGGUGCAGCAAACUCCCAGAGUCCCUGA